CCACAUGUAAAGAUAUGAUUGCUCUAAACAGUGUUGUUACUAACUCCUUUUUAUCUCACAAGAGCUCUGGUUUUAUCUAGAUCAUUAGAUAUUAUUUUUUUAUAAAUAAGCUGGCAAAGGAUUGAUACACUUGAUUUCGUUCGACAUAAUGAGACUGAAUCCAAUAUUACUACUCCCCGCAAUAUUCCUUCUCGUCCAGACGAAGGAUUUGCAAUGGUGGGAGACUACCAUAUUUUAUCAAAUCUAUCCUAGAUCAUUUCUAGAUAGCGAUGGCGAUGGAAUUGGUGACUUAAAAGGAAUUACUUCAAAGCUCGAAUAUUUGAAAGACCUCGGAGUGGGUGCGACAUGGCUCUCCCCAAUGUUUCAAUCUCCAAUGUACGAUUUUGGUUACGACAUAGCUGAUUUUUAUGCUGUUCAUGAUGAAUACGGGACUAUGCAAGAUUUCGAAGAUCUUAUUGCAAAAGCUAAAGAACUCGAUAUAAAAAUAGUUCUAGAUUUUGUACCUAAUCAUGGGAGUAAUGAAAGUGUUUGGUUUGAAGAGGCACUUAGAGGUCAUGAAAAGUAUCACGACUACUUUGUGUGGGAAGAUGGAACGGUGGACGAAAAUGGUGUAAUGCACCCACCAAACAAUUGGAACAGCGUAUUUCGUAAAAGUGCUUGGGAAUAUAAAGAAGAGGUUGGGAAGUACUACCUGCAUCAGUUUGUUAUUGGUCAACCUGAUUUCAAUUACCGAAAUCCAGCUGUUGUUGAGGAAAUGAAAAAUGUUUUACGAUACUGGCUUGAUAAAGGCGUUGCCGGUUUUAGGAUUGAUGCUAUUUCUCACUUAUUUGAAGUAGACAAAGAACUUUUUGGUGGGAAGCUCCCAGAUGAGCCUUUAAGCGGCAAUAGCAUUGAUGACCCACUCAGCCACGAUUAUUUAGACCAUAUUUACACUAUAAAUCAAGACGAAACCUAUGAUAUGGUUUAUCAGUGGAGAGAACUGUUUGAUGAGUAUGAACAAAUAGACGGUUUGCAAAGAGUGGUAAUGACCGAAGCAUACACAUCUCCUCAACUUACAGUGAAAUAUUUUGGUGAUGGGCAACGUGAAGGUGCACAGAUGCCUUUCAAUUUCGUACUCAUUUCUGAUGUUAAUAAGGACUCUACUGCUGCUGAUAUGAAAUAUGCUCUGGAUAAGUUCCUCACAUACAAACCGAUCGACAAGUUAGCUAACUGGGUGGCUGGCAAUCAUGACAAUAAUAGAGUGGCUUCAAGGUUCAGUCCCAAGUUGGUUGAUGGAAUCAACAUGGUCGUGACACUGCUUCCAGGAAUUGCAGUUACUUACAUGGGUGAGGAAUUUGGAAUGCAAGAUGGUUUUAUCAGUUGGGAAGAAACAGUGGACCCGAGUGCCUGCAACACGGACGAUCCAAUCAAUUACGUUAAAGUUUCACGUGACCCGGAAAGGACGCCUUUUCAAUGGAACUCCGGGAAGAAUGCCGGAUUUUCAACGGCUGACAAAACUUGGUUGCCAGUAGCUGACGGCUAUGAAACGUUGAAUGUGGAGGUCCAACAAUCAAUUGAGAGGUCUCACUUGAAUGUUUACAAGAAGUUAGCGAAGUUGAGAACGGAUCCCGUGUUCAGACAUGGUCGAUAUGAAUCUGUCGCGCUUAACUCUGAUGUGUUUGCUUUUAGAAGAUGGCAUGAAGGUGAAAUUUACAUCAUCGUUAUUAAUCUGAGAGAACAAUCAUACACUGUGGAUCUAACUUACUUUGAAAACGUGACAGGGCAUUUGGAAAUCGUAAUCAAUAGUGUUGAAUCGCCAAAGCAAGCCGGGGACUUGGUAGAGGCAUUGAAUUUGCAGAUCACGGGUGGAGAAUCUUUGGUUUUGAAAGUAGUUCAGUAAAACAAAUUCAAUUUAAUGUUUUAAAUAAAC